AUGUUUAACCCACACGUCUUAGAUUGUCCAGCUGUCAUAUUUGACAAUGGGUCCGGGCUCUGUAAGGCAGGCCUGUCUGGAGAGGUUGGCCCCCGCCACGUCGUCCACUCCGUCGUGGGGCACCCCAAGUUCAAGAUGCCUUCGGCAGGGGCCAAUCAGAAGAAGUACUUUGUGGGGGAAGAGGCCCUGCACAGGGAAGAGGUCUUACACCUGCACUACCCCAUCGAGCGAGGCCUGAUCACAGGCUGGGACGACAUGGAGAAGCUCUGGAAGCAUCUCUUCGAGUGGGAGCUGGGGGUCAAAGCCAGCGACCGGCCGGUGCUCAUGACGGAGCACUCGCUGAACCCCGGGGAGACCCGGGAGAAGAUGGCCGAGGUGAUGUUUGAGAGCUUCCACGUGCCCGCCUUCUACCUGUCGGACCAGGCCGUGCUGGCCCUCUAUGCCUCGGCCUGCGUCACGGGCCUGGUGGUGGACAGCGGGGACGGGGUCACCUGCGCCGUCCCCAUCUUUGAGGGCUACUCCCUGCCCCACGCCACCACCAAGCUCUACGUGGCGGGGAGAGACAUCACGGAGCACCUCACCCGGCUGCUGCUGGCCAGCGGGAGGACCUUCCCGUGUGUGCUGGACAAAGCCCUGGUGGACGACAUCAAGGAGAAGCUCUGCUAUGUGGCCCUGGAGCCGGAGAAGGAGCUGUCGCGGAGGGCAGAGGAGGUGCUCAGGGAGUACAAGCUGCCCGACGGCAGCAUCGUCCGUAUCGGGGACCAGCUGUACCAGGCGCCCGAGGCCCUGUUCUCGCCUGAGCAGCUGGGCGUCCAAAGCCCGGGCCUCUCCAGAAUGGUCUCCAGCAGCAUCGCCAAGUGUGACACCGACAUCCAGAAGAUGCUCUAUGGGGAGAUGGUGCUGUCCGGGGGCACCACGCUCUUCCGGGGGCUGGAUGGCCGUCUUCUGAGGGAGCUGGAGCAGGCGGCUUCCAAAGGGACCACCAUCAAGGUCACAGCGCCGCCCGACCGCUGCUUCUCCACAUGGAUUGGCGCCUCCAUUGUCACUUCCCUGAGCAGCUUCAAGCAGAUGUGGGUCACCUCUGCGGACUUCAAGGAGUUUGGGACGUCCGUGGUUCAGAGAAGGUGCUUCUGA